AUGGUCAUGGAUAUCAAGUACAGAAAUAUCAUGGUAGUGUGCGACUUUGACAUGAGAUUCACCUCUAUAGUUGCAGGAUGGACAGAGGAGGAUGCCCAGUUCAAUUUCUCAGGUUUGGCUGAGCUUCUGCCCAUGGUGGCCACGGACGACCGGACGGUGAUCAUCACGUCGGUGAACGAGGCCUUCGCGCGGCCGGGCUCCCUUCUGGGCCUCUUCCGUGAGAGCUUCUUCGCCGGCGAGAAGAUCGACCACUUCCUGGACCACCUCCUCAUCGUCGCCAUGGACCCCAUGGCCUACCGCCACUGCCGGACCGUGCACCGGUUCUGCUAUCUCAUCCCUACGACGAAGACGUCCAUGGACCUGAGCUCCGCGAGCGACUUCAUGAGCGACGCGUACGUGGAGCUGGUGUGGACCAAGCUGGAGCUCCAGCAGCGCGUGCUCCAGCUCGGCUACAGCUUCCUGUUCACGGACGUGGACAUCCUGUGGUUCCGGGACCCGUUCCGGCACAUCGGCCUGCACGCGGACAUGGCGACGUCCUGCGACGUGUUCUCCGGCGACGCGGACGACCUCGGCAACUGGCCCAACACGGGGUUCUACUACGUGAAGUCGACGAACCGGACGGUGGAGAUGCUGCGGCAGUGGCGGGCGGCGCGGCGGGGGUUCCCGCAAAACCACGAGCAAACCAUCUUCAACUACAUCAAGCACGAGCUCGCCGGCGCCGGCAGCGACCUGCGCAUACGCGUCCAGUUCCUCGACACGGCGCACUUCAGCGGCUUCUGCCAGCUGUUCCGCAACGACAUGGCGAGGGCGUGCACCAUGCACGCCAACUGCUGCAUCGGCAUGGCGAACAAGAUCAGCGACCUCCGGGACGUGCUGGGGCAGUGGAGGAACUACACGGUGAUGGCGCCGGCGGAGAAGAUGAAGGCCAUGGCCGCCGGGAGGAGCUUCCAGUGGCGCGUCCCGGCCAAGUGCGGGACGCCCGACAAGAGGCCUCAGUAGCACGAGAAGAAGAAAAAUAAAGCUACGUCGCACUUUAAGUUGACUAUAGAUAGACUUGAACUUUGCUGUCAUACCUUAAUCCUUCUAGCUCAUGGCUCAAGAGCUUUUGUCUUCAAGUAUGGCCUCACAAACAUCUACUCCCUCCGUAGCAUGAUAUAAGAACGUUUUGGACACUAGUAUAUUAUGCGACGGACGGAGUGUUUGAUUUGUUUUACUACCUAAAAGUAUAUAAAAAAGGCAAAAGAAUAAUUCGCUUUGUGCCGACCACUGAUCUAUUUGUUAUACUUUGUUCGGUUAUAUAAAGUGGGGCGAAAGUCUGUUUUGAAUAGAACUGAUACUCACAAUACAUCACCGACUCGCUCCACAAUCACAACAUCUCCAAGAAUCACCUGGGAAUAAGAUGUAAACGUGAAAUAUCUUAAAUGCCUCUAUGAUCCUAGCACUGAGGUAGGGGUACUUUGUAAUUGUCUUCGUUGAGGCUAUAAAUAAGGCGCUCGGUCUGAAUGAGAGACCAUUCUUCUUUUCAAAAAACCCAUUACCUCCCUCCGCGUCCUCACACACCCACCCACCCACAGCACCCACACAAGCGGCAUGGUAGGAAGGCGAAAGUGUGCAUCUAAUCUUGGGUGAUUGCGAUGUGCAUCUAAUAAAAAAGAGCAGAACUUACGAGGUAAAAUGUGUCACUCUGUUUGGAUUCAAUAACCAUGCCCGCCAUCACGAUACAUCACCGCUCUGCUCCACAAUCUCAAAGUCUUAGAGCAUCGCUUGGGAAUAAAAUGUAGACAUGAAAUAUCUAAAAUACCCCUGUGAUGCUAGUAUCAAGGUAGGGGUACUUUUGUAAAUGUUUUUGUUGAGGCUAUAAAUAAGGCACUCGGUAGGGAUGAGAGGCAAUUCUUCAUGUCGAAAAACCUAAACCUUGGUUACCUCCGUCCAACACCCCCACCCCCGCACAGACACACAAGCGGCAUGGUAGGAAGGCGAAAGUGUGCAUCUAAUCUUGGACGCUUGCGGUGGUUCUCCCAAUAUCAGGAUAUAACAAUCCACUUCAAUAUGGAGCUUGCCAAUCGGAAGUGGCCACCCGCAGACGUGGUGGCAACAUCUCCAUGCCAAGACAACCAUCACAUCUGGUACUGACCACUCCCGGCUUGCGAGCAGGAGUGUGGGGGUGGCUUCUAUCCAUAGCAACUGAGUCUUCCACCAUGGAACUCCAGGUUUAAAGGGCAAUCAAUGGGUUGGAAGACAAGAAAAGACCGACGAGAUAGCCAUGGGUUAGAAGGAGGAAGGUAGGUGAUGAUCUUUCUAUUCAUACCGCUAUCAUCUGCAACCACCAAGCAUGUCUGGGAGUUGGUGGUGGUGGGAGGGGGGCCACCGACAGUGGAAUUACCCUACACCCAUCUUGUUUGGUAAGCUCCCCAUCUAUCAAAACCCAUAGAAACAUAUGGUGAUCGAGAUCCUCAUGUUGCAACGCCUAGAUAUUUAGAAGGUAAUAAUUACUACUCCCUAUAUCCCAUAAUACAAAAACGUUUUUCAAGCUGUUUUAAUCAUCCAUAUAUUUCCAAGUAUCCACGUUCAAUGUAAUCAAUACAUACAUUUUUUGAGUGGAGUGUACUUAAUACAUUCUUUUGAGGGAAAUGUAAUUAAUACAUGCUUGUGGAGGGGGGGUGUGGAGGACCUGGUAGCACAUCACGACCAUGUGGGGGGGCCGACAAGAGGUCUGAGAGUCCAUGUCUAGUCUGUUGAAAUAAUUGGUACUCCCUGUGUCACAGUUUAGAAGGCACAGUUAAAUUUGUGUGCGUUUCCAUAAUAGACAAGGUUUAGGGCGCAUUGCAUUUAUUUCUAAUAGCUAAUUAGUACUAUUAGUAGAACGCC